UAGCUCACGGUCUGACAAGUCGCACACAUUGGGCCAGAAGGGGGUAGCGCGGCGGCGGAGAAGAAGGGCGACCUAAGCGCCGCUACGAAAUGGCCGGGCAACAGUUCCAGUACGAUGACAGCGGCAAUACCUUUUUCUAUUUCCUAACGUCCUUCGUCGGACUUAUUGUGAUCCCAGCCACAUAUUACCUCUGGCCCCGGGAUCAGAAUGCUGAACAACUGCGUCUGAAAAGCCUGCGGAGGGUCCAUGGCAGGUGUCUGUGGUACCGGCUCAGGCUGAUGAAGUCACAGCAGAGCAUAGUCCCAACACUAAAGAAAGCAGCCUUGUUAUUUGGAUGGGCUGUGUUCCUGCUGCUAGCCUACAAGGUGUCCAAGCUGGACAGAGAGUACCAGGAGUAUAAUCCUUAUGAAGUCCUCAACUUGGACCCGGGCGCAUCGCUGUCAGAAAUCAAGAAGCAAUACCGUGUACUGUCACUCAAAUACCACCCUGACAAAGGUGGUGAUGAGGCCACAUUCAUGAGAAUUGCCAAAGCUUAUGCUGCUCUGACCAAUGAACAAUCUCGGCUCAACUGGGAAGUAUACGGCAACCCAGAUGGUCCAGGAGCAACCAGCUUUGGUAUUGCCCUGCCUGCAUGGAUUGUUGACCAGAAGAACUCAAUGCUGGUGCUGUUGGUGUACGGACUAGCCUUUAUGGUCAUCCUCCCUGUUGUUGUGGGCACGUGGUGGUAUCGCUCUAUCCGCUACAGUGGAGACCAGAUCCUCAUCAACACCACUCAGCUCUUUAUGCAUUUCAUGUAUAAAACGCCUAACAUGAACAUGAAACGGUUAGCCAUGGUUUUGACAGCAGCAUUUGAGUUUGACCCUCGCAGCAAUAAAGAAGCCACCAUACGGCCAACAGACAACAUUGAAGUACCACAGUUGAUCCGUGAGUUGGGUAACAUCAACGUGAAGAAGAAGGAGCCUCCAUUCUGCUACCCAUACAGUUUGAAGGCCAGGGUCUUGGUGCUAUCUCACCUUGCACGCAUGGAUGUAUCAGAGGAGUUGGAGGAAGAUCAGAGGUUUGUGGUAAGGAAAAGCCCAGCUCUCCUUCAGGAGAUGAUCAAUGUGGGCUGUCAGCUUACCAUGAUGGCCAACAGUCGAGGAGGUUUCCAUGCUCCUCGACUUGUAACCAUAGAGAAUUGUAUGAAGCUGACCCAGAUGAUAGUGCAGGGCCUGCAGGAGUCAAAGUCACCACUGCUGCAACUGCCCCACUUUGAGGAGGAGCAUCUCCGCUACUGCAUCUCUAAGAAGUACAAAGUUCGGAGCCUGCAGGACCUGGUGAGUCUCAAAGACUCAGACAGACGCAGUAUGCUGCGUUUCUUGGGGGAGGAGAAAUAUGAUGAGGUCAUGGGUGUGCUGAGCAGCUUCCCUCACAUCACCAUGGAUACCAAACUGCAGGUCCUUGAUGAUGAAGACAGCAAUAACAUCACAGCGGGCUCUAUCGUCACAGUUACUGUCACCUUAACCAGAAAACGGAUGGCGGAGGUGUUUGAAAAGGAGCAGGAAUCCACACAGUGUCCAGGAGAGGAGGCUGCCAACACAGAGGAAGCACAAGGAGACUCAAGUAAAGCCAAAACUAAAGUGUGGCAGAACAAGAGUAAAGGGGCUAAGAAGACAGCCAAGUCCAAGAAGAAAAAAUUAACCAAGAAGAAGGCCACUCCUGCACCUGCCAAAACCAAACAGGCCAAUGGCAACGUGGCAGGAAAUGAAGUCGUAGCAGCAUCUGCAGCAGCAGCAGCAGCAAAGGAGGAAGAAGAUGAGGCCUCAGACAAAGGCAGUGAGUCAGACGAGGGCGAGGCCAACAAGGACUCUCCCAGCGAGAGAGACGAAGACAGCGACAAACAAAGUGACACAGAGGUGGAUGAGAUGGCUGGUGAUGAUGAGGAGGAAUGGGAGGCGUUACAGCAAAGCAUCCAGCGGCGAGAACGGGCCCUGCUAGAGACCAAGUCAAAGGUGACGCACCCUGUCUACAGCCUCUAUUUCCCCGAGGAGAAGCAGGAGUGGUGGUGGCUCUACAUAGCUGACCGCCGAGAUCAGACCCUUGUCUCUAUGCCCUACCAUGUCUGCACACUAAAAGACACAGAAGAGGUGGAGCUGAAGUUUCCCGCCCCCUCCAAAACAGGCAACUACCAAUAUUCUGUCAUCCUCCGCUCUGAUUCCUACCUGGGACUGGACCAGAUCAAACCACUCAAGCUGGAGGUCCAUGAGGCUAAGGCCAUGUUGGACAACCACCCACAGUGGGACAUCCCCGACACAGAGGAGGAGGACGAGGAGCAGGAGGACAGCGACGGCAUCGAGGAGAGUGAAGACGACGACGAGGACAACGACUGAAUGCGGAAACACACACAUACAUACACACACACACACACACACGCUCACUGCCCCCAAUGGACAGGCCACCCACCUACUCCUGACCCCACAACAGCACUCAAGAGCAGCGAGCUAGGAACAGCCAAGCCACACCUGCCACACACACACACACACAUAGACACACAUAUAGAAUCACAGGAGACGGUUAAUACACACCUAGCCCUGCUCCUCUUCCACCAUUUUACCUUUACAAUGACAUGAACUGUGACCCCUGCCCCUCCACUUCCCUUUUCUACAGAGACUUUUCAUUUUCCGCUGCUUGCGGAAGAGAAUUCUGUGAAUACUUACCCAGGCCCGUGUGCAUGUGUGUGUGUGUGCGCGUGCGCAUGUGAGAAUGUGUGUGUUUGCAAGUGUUUGUACAGGUAUGAACGAUUGACACACUGUGGACUGGAGGACCUAUUAUCUGGGCUCUUUUUCUUCUUUUUCUCAAGGGGAGAAGGGGAUCUGUAACAGCUAAUUCCGUUUGCAAAAUUAACAAACACAUGACCUCCACACGGAUAUCAUGACAUCGCUCUCGCUCCUAAUUUUAACAUCACUCAGCACCGAUGUUUACCCACACCAAUGAUACUUUCUAUUGUACACUUAAACUGCAGAAGUGUGAGCUUUAGCCCUGUUUGUCGGGGAUCACAGUCCGAGUCAACCGUUGGGACGUUCGCUCCUUUCAGCGCAACGGGGAGGGGGCACAGUUGAGUCUCAUCAAUUUUUAUUUUUCCAGCCGGUCACUUGUAUGUCCUUAUACUCUGUAUACUGAAGAAGAAGAUGAUGAUAAUGAUGAUGAUGUUGAUGAUGAUGAUAGUAAAUCCAGAGAUGGAUACUGAUCUCCAGUCAGUUCUGUUAACAAUGCCUAUUCUGCCCCUUUGAUCCACGUCAAACUUUAUUUUUCUGAAAGAGACAGCUGUUGGUUGAUAGCAGGUGGAUCUUGAAAUGAAUAACCCUAACCCAAGUAUAAUGGGAAGGGGGGGAGAAAAUGACAAAACUUGCAGUGUUAAGAUUUGUUUGAAUUAUUAGUACUCUUCUUGUCCAUAUUCUUCAUAAAUGUGAGUUUUUCAGUCUUUAAAGGGGCUCAGACAUAUAUAUAAACAAACAAACAAACAAACAUACUCGUGGCUUUUCAGAAAAGUGACUUCCUUUCUCUUCAUCUUUUUUUUUUUUAAACAAUUGUAGCACAUUCCAGUCUAUACUCAUUGUCCGAAAAGGCCUUAUGAAUACAACUGAAAUACCACAACAUACAAGUCCAUGGGUGCUAUGCACCUGUGGAUAUAGGGAGAGCAGAUAAAAAAACUUUAAUUUCUUUGUGUUUGUAAAGAUCUACAGUGUUUUUCUUUUUGUUUCAGUUUAGUUUUAGUCUCUUCAUAGUAACCUACUAGCUCCUCAGUCUCGGGAUACAUAUCACUGAUAUAUUGCCACGACAAAAGCCUCUGAGUACAGUUUUUGUCUGCUUAAAGAGGGUUAGCGGUCAUAUGGGAAAUGUGACUGAUGGGCUUUUAGCCUUGGGACCCUGUGUUAAUGGGAUUAGAGUAUGAGGUCGCUGACACAAACGGCACUUGUGAUCUAAAAAGUGUCUUGAACAAAAAAGAAAACCCCAUCGAAAGUAACCUGUAGUGUAAGACUAAGCAUAUUCUGUCCAGCACCUUUUCUCUUUAGUUAUAUGUGCAGAACAAGCUUAGUUUUUUUUAAAUUACAAAUGCUAUUUCAAUAAAUGUUCUUUUUUAAUUUUUCUGUCCGAGGAAUACAGAGCAGUUCUGACAAACCAAGAAGAGCCCCUCUCAUCUAAAUGUAGUUGUUUUUUUGUCUCAGUUAAGCGGUAGUUAUAACAAAUGUAACACGUACGUCUUGUUUUAUUCCAUUCUAACCCUGAUUUGACAUCUGUUAGACUCAAGAAUGGGGGGAAAAAAGAAAAUCAGAGCUUCUCUGUGGGCUCUUGCUAUGUUGAUGACUUUGCAGUUCAGUUUUUAAAAGAAAUCUUUCACCAUAGAUAUCCACAUUCUGAAUUUUUUAAAUUAUGUUAUGGUAUGUACUUAGUGUGUCAUGUUAGUGAGGGGGAGAUAAAGGUUUGAAUAUCCGGCGGCAUGCUCUCCUCACACCACAUGCACGCAUUCACACAAACAAAACUCACAUGCGUGCACUAUACCCUCCUAUAAUUGUGUUCAAAGCAGGUGUAUGCUAACAGGUAAUAUUGAACUCUGAGUAUUUAUUGCUCUGCAAUAGAAUGUAGCAUCAGUGAUUUUACGCUGUGUGGGAAAGAAACUGCAGCGAGGUUAAAUACGACACCAUCUCUCCCAUGACAGACCUUGUCCAGGCGACUGGCGGGCAGGCCGCCUCAGUUUGGACAAACUACCCAAUGACUAUCUGCCACUUUUGUUUACAAAGGAACUGUCAUUGUAAAUGGAAAAAUAUAUUAUUUGUAUUUAAAAUCAUUUCAAAUAAAAACUUUUAAAUGAGA